AUGGCGUCUAAUCGAAGGUUUACUGUUGAAGAGGCUUUGGAUACUAUUUUUGGCGACAGUGACUCUGAAAUGGAAGAAGAAGCAAGUGGUUCAGAAAGCGAAAGCGCCAGUGACACUGAAAUCAACAUGGAAUCGGGUUCCGAAGGUGAAAUGGAGAAUAGCAUUGAUGAUUUCGACACAGACAUGUCAGCCGACGAGGAAAAUUUGCUGCGAGCACGAGGAGCUAGACGUGGUAUCGCUCGUGAGCGAGAAAUAGAGUGGGAAUUUUACGAGGAUAUUGAUCUGUUCGAGUCCACAUGGCUUCAAAAUUUUGACAAACGGCCGGGAAUACUUGUUGAUGCAUCUAACUAUGUCCCAGUCGACUUUUUUUAUCUCUUCUUCCCAAAUGAAGCUUUUGAACUGAUUUCAAGGGAGACAAACAGGUAUGCACAACAGUAUUUAGAUACGCCUGCUGAUUUUGAGCCUUGUUCUCGUUUUCAAGCCUGGAAAGACACAUCUCCUAAUGAAAUAAAAGCCUUUUUCGCUUUGCAAAUUGCAAUGGGGCUUUUCCAGAAACCAGCCCAUGCUGAUUAUUGGAGUGGAUUUUGGUUGACAGCCCUGCCAUUUUCAUCUGUGAUGUCACGCAACAGGUUUGAACUGUUACAAGCAUUUCUGCAUUUUAACAAUAUUGAAAACCAAAUUGCCAGGGGUGAAGAAGGUUACAAUCCUUUAUUCAAGAUUCAACCUUUGUUGGACAUAGUCAACCCAACUUAUGAAAAGUGGUAUCAGCCAGCACGUGACCUUUCCUUGGAUGAAAGUAUGGUCAAAUUCAAGGGGAGACUAUUUUUUCGGCAGUACCUUCCAGCCAAGCCCACAAGGUGGGGGAUCAAGCAGUUUGUGCUUGCUGAGGCAAAAACUGGCUAUUGCCUGAGGUCCAUUGUCUACACUGGCAAAGCAUCAUUUCCUCGAUAUAAAGGGGUCAGCCUUUCGGAACAGGUUGUUUUGUCAUUAGUGCAAGGAUACGAGGACAAGGGCCACAUUGUUUACAUGGACAAUUAUUAUUCUGCUCCAUCUCUAUUCAAGAAAUUGGAGCAAGAGAACAUUGGUGCCUGUGGAACUGUGAAAGUAAAUCACAGUAAGAGCUCUUGCCAUCAAGAUUGUCUUUAA